AUGUUGAGUUUUCUGGCCGCCAGACAGACAGGACUAGACGACCCUAUUCGUUUUAGACGCGCCGAGUCAACGCGAAGGGUCUUGAAUUUGGAACUUAAUUCUGACAGAGAUGUGGCUCAAAUCCAUGGAAACGGCGUCAACACACUUGACAUUGAAGUUAUUGAGGGUCGAUAUAUGCUGUCAGGAGGGUCAGAUGGAGUUAUUGCCAUAUAUGACCUGGAAAACAACAGUAAGAAGCCACAGUACACAUGCAAAGCAAUAUGCACCGUGGGCAGGUCGAGUCGCCACGUGCACAAGUUCAGCGUGGAGACGGUUCAGUGGUACCCACAUGACACAGGGAUGUUUGUCUCCAGCUCCUUCGACAAAACCAUGAAAGUGUGGGAUACAGAAACUCUGAAGCCAGCAGAGGUGUUCCAGUUUGAGGGGAACGUCUAUUGUCACCACAUGUCUCCCAUUGCCAGAAAGCACAGUCUCGUAGCAGUUGGUACCAAAGACCCUAAAGUUCAGCUGUGUGACCUGAAGUCAGGCUCUCGGAUCCACAUUCUGCAGGGCCACAGAGGGGAGAUUCUCUCAGUUAGAUGGUCACCGCGCUAUGAGAACAUUUUGGCCACUGCCAGCUCUGACAGCAGAGUUCGCAUCUGGGACGUGAGAAGGGCGUCCGGCAGCCUCUUUACAUUGGACCAGUACAAUGGGGACAAAUCCAAAGCCUCAUCAGAGGCAGUGAACACAGCUCACAACGGCAGAGUGAACGGACUGUGUUUCACGGGAGACGGGCUGUACCUCCUCACCACGGGAACCGAUGACCGCAUGAGGUUGUGGAACAGCGCCUCGGGGGAGAACACACUGGUCAACUACGGGAAGGUUUCCAACGAAAGCCGAAAAGGCCUGAAGUUCACCGUGUCCAGGGGCUGCAGCCCUGAGUUCGUCUUCGUGCCGUGCGACAGCUCCGUUGCCGUGUACGCCCUACACACGGGAGAGCUGGUUACCAUGCUGAGGGGUCACUACAACAACGUGGAUUGUUGUGAGUUUCACUCAGACUACCAGGAGCUCUACAGUGGGGGUAAAGACUGUAACAUUCUUGCCUGGGUUCCUGUGGUAAGACACGCUGAUGUCGAAGAUGAAAAAGCCACCUCCGCCAGGGGUGGUACCCAGAGUGUUGCCAAUCCUGCUUUUGAGGACGCUUGGAGCAGCAGCGACGAGGACUGAUCGAGCAACACGGCCAACGGCGUGACUGGAUCGAUACAGUACGCCACAUUUUUGACCAAGGUGCCUUUCAGAGGUCAAGGGGCCUCAAAAGGCGGCUCUGUUUUUUUUUUUGUUUUUUUUAGGUAUGUUUUUGUUUUCUUUUUCAACAAUUCAAACGAUGGCUAAUUCAAAUUCAUCAGAAUUCAUUUGAAUUGCUGAGUGAAUAACUGUAAAUCAAACAGACAUUGUAGACCAGGAGGAGAAAGCCUGUUUACUUGUAUCAGCCUAAUAAAUCGAAGACUGUGGGUUUGAUUCUCAAACAUGAUGGAUCUCUUACAAUGUUGUCUGAAACCACUUGACCCCAGAUUUACUCAAGAGAAAUGCAGUCUGACAUAGACCGUUGUAAGAAGUUUCUCUGGGGGAGAGCAAUGGUAAAUUGACGAAAAGUAAAUAUGUGCUUGUCCACUUAGCCAGAUUUGGAUUGUCUUGUGGAUUCUCUGAUAAUCCAUCCCAUCUCAGCCAUCUCAGAACUUAACUUGUGUCACACAGACAAACACAGCAGAGAAGAACUUUGUAUUAAUUAGUGGAUUAUAAGAGUAUAAUUAAUAUUUAGCUAACUGACACUUUUUUAAAAUAAUGUCAAUCUCUUUGUACUCUGAACAUUAAAGGAAAUCAUGGUUUCUUCUUUACA